UCUGGUACUGUGUCGUCAACAAAUAUUCCACAAAAGAUCAUGUACUGUUUUUGGUGGGGCCUUCGAAAUUUGAGACAUACAUGCAGAUGGCAAAUGAGAAGGCCCAGAAAAUGAGGCUUAUAAAAACAAAAAUAGAGUCCUGGAUGGCUACAAACCAGCUCCCUGACAAUAUGAAAGAGUCGAUCAUCACCUGCAUACGAGAUGGACCGGAAGAAAAUAAAGAUUUUGAUAUGGAUAACCCGAUAUCUUAUAUUUCCAAAGAUGCAAAGCUUAUGACAGAGAUAAAGCGUCAUCUUUGUUCACUUGCCUUGCUAAAAGUAGGGCAAAUCCUUAAUAAUAAAAGUGAAUAUCUGCUGCAAUUGAUCUGUGAAUAUCUCAAGCCAUUGUACUACAAUGAGAAUAGCUACAUUUUCCGGGAGGGAGAACCACUCAAUGCGAUGAUCUUCAUCACACAAGGCAGUUUAUGGUGCUUCAAAACCAACAAUUGUGAGAAUGGUGAGGGAACCGCCUCAAGCCCUCAGUGUAUUGAAAAAGGUGAGUUCUACGGAGAAGAACUUCUACAGUGGGGGUUCAACUGCUCCCCCUCACCCAAACUAUCCAACCUCCCAAUUUCUAAAACUGUUAAAACCCUUACAAAAGUUGAAGCCUUUGCUCUUACGGCCAACGACUGGAAAUUUCUACUUUCUACUGCAAAAGUCUCAGGACCAUCCCAGAGUACAUCUUGGCGCUACUACAUACAUGAGGACAGAUUUGCAACAAUGGAGACAUUACUACAGGCUCAGACCAUGAAGAAUGACACCUUGGAGCAGCACCUUGAGGCUAUUCGCACCUCCAUAGGAGUAUUACACGCGAGCCCUGGUGUUCAGCAGUCUUCAUCUGUAAACGGAGGUAGUACGUCGUUUGUUAGUAGUGCACCUGCAGUUAAUGCGACAACAAUUAGUCCGUUGUCGCCUAUUGGACGAUAGCUAAGCCAACACUCCUCCGUCGGGACACCAUCGCUUGCUACACCGUCCAUUGCGCAGCAAUCGCCUGUUGGCGAGUACAUGCCUGGUACGGGAACUCGUGAUUCGCAGGGACGACGGCCUUCAGAUUUAUAGAUAUUUUGUGUAACUUUGUUUAGUUAAUAACAAUAUCGUUUAUUGGUAAAUAAUCUAUCAUUGUGUUGGAUUUAUAAUUAUUGCUGUUCGUAAUUUGAUUUUGUGUUUAUAGUAAA